ACCCAAUACUAUCAUAAUCCACCAAGGAGCAUGGUAAUCCCAAAAUUCAAACAAACACUCUAAUAAAAGUUUCAAAUGCAUUCACAUUUCCCAGGCCCAGCUUCAAGUGAUCCUCCCCCGACGCUGUGUACACGGCGGGGAAGGAAGCUCCCAAAGCGACGACGUACUAAUUCCCUUAGCACGCCGAUGCUCCAGGGCGGUCAUCGACUCUCAAAGCUUUGGCGGUCGCCAAUAACUCCACUCUUCAACCUCUGUCACCGUCUCCUCAUUAACUUUAAAUUCUCCUCUCUAUCUCAAGCUAAGGGAUUAGAUUCUUUGGAUGAAGAAUGUGAGGAAUUUUUGCCUUGGUUGGAGCGAAAGGCUGGGGUUGAGAUUUCUUCAGUGCUCUCUAUUGGGAAAUCCGCAUAUGGCAGGUCACUGUUUGCUUCUGAGAUCAUCCGAACUGGGGACUGCAUAUCGAAAGUUCCUUAUAGCGUGCAAAUAACACCAGACAAUCUUCUUCCAAAGAUUAAAGCUUUACUAAGUAAUAAAGUUGGGACUGUUGCGAAGCUUGCUAUUAUCCUUUUAGUUGAACAAAAAAUGGGCCAGGAUUCUGAAUGGGCCUCUUACAUCAGUUGCCUUCCUCAGCAUGGGGAAAUCCAUAGCACGAUUUUCUGGAGUGAAUACGAGUUGGAUAUGAUUCGUCAAAGCUCAGUAUAUCAGGAAACAAUAAAUCAAAAAUCUAAAAUAGAAGAGGAUUUUGCUGCAGUUGUACCUGUCCUUGAACAAUUCCCUGAAAUUUUUGAAAGCAUCACACUUAAGGAUUUCAUGCGUGCAUAUUUCUUAGUAACAUCUCGAGCCUGGGAAAGCACAAAGGGCCUGUCUCUGAUUCCGUUUACAGAUUUUAUGAAUCAUGACGGGGUUUCAGACUCAAUUGUAUUAUUUGAUGAAGAUAAAAAGUUGUCAGAGGUUAUUGCUGAUCGUAAUUAUGUUCCUGGUCAAGAGGUACUGAUAAAUUAUGGAAACUUUCCAAAUGCAACGCUGCCGCUGGACUUUGGCUUUACACUUCCAUACAACAUUCAUGACCAGGUACAAAUUCACUUCAAUAUCCCAUAUCAUGAUUGUCUACGUGAAAUGAAGUUGGAACUUCUGCAACAACAUUCUACACCAAAACUUAAAGAUGCAAUUAAUUGUUCUGAAGAUACUUUCUUAAUCAAGGAAGUUAGGUCUCCUAGAGGAAAGGGGAAGGGUCUUCCACAGUCGUUACGUGCAUUUGCUCGUGUUUUAUGUUGUACCGCUCCAGAAGAACUUAGUGACUUGGCCAUGGAAGCUGCACAAAUGGAUGGCCGGUUGGCUCGGCAGCCUCUGAAGGACAGCAGGAGAGAGUUGCUGGCACAUGAGAUGUUAUUAUCUCACAUCACUCACUUAAUGCAGAAAUAUGAUGUAGCAAUUAAGUCACUUGCUCCUGCUAAUUUCCCCUCAAUGAGUAAGAAAUUUGCUCUUAGGAGGCAAAUGGCUCAUGAUCUUCUUACCGGUGAGCUUCGUGUCCUGAAUUCUGCAUCCGCAUGGUUGAACAAUUACUGUGCAGCCCUGAGAGCAACCAUCCACUGUCAGAGUCAGUGAUCAAAAGAUCGGAAGGCAAGAAUUUUUCUUAGACAAAUUUUUUUAUGAACUACUUGGAUCAGUCAUCUCCCUGCUGAAAUUUUUUUGACAUUUUCUGGGAUAUGGUGAACUUUAAACACUUGGGGGAGGUUUGAGUAAAGCAUUUGGAAUUGAUUGUUUAUCUCUGGGGCCUUUCUAGCUCAUGCUUGCAUUUAUGAGCUACUUUCUUACAAAAUCCAACAUGUUAAGUGUAUUUCCGCCUCUGUUUUCUUACCUUUGUAAUUCUAGGAAUAUGAUUCCAAGGCUUAGCAGCCUUAUUUAACAGCACAAUCUUUGCUCUGAUUCUUUUUCUCUUUCAGUUUAUGAACUUAUUAUAUUUAGCUUUGUUAUUUAAUUACAGGAAGGUAUGAAUUUCACAA